AUGGCUACAGAGAAGCCUGCCACCCUCGAAUCCAGGGCAGGUCGUGGCCACAGUACGCCGUACCAGCCGGAGACCUCCUGCACGGCGCGGCACUGUUGCCCCUCCGCCCGUGACAUCACCCAAGUCAGAGGGGACCACGCCCCACGACGGGCUGUUGGUAUGGCCCGCAAGCGGUGGGCCCUACCUGCCUAUGAGAAGCCAGAAGGCGGCAAGCUCGGCCAGUCAGCCUAUGGGGAGGUCGGCACCCAGAAGGCGGCCCUCCCCCUUCCUAGGAAGAUUGGGUAUACACGCAUCUGCUCGUCCUCUUGUGCGUCGCCGCCGCUGUGCAGCGGCACCCCUGUGCUUCGGCCGUCCAUCACCCGGCUCCGCCCCGACCUCCCGCUGCCUGCGCCGCCUUCAUGCCUGCCGACUACCGCGCUGGCCGGCCUCGCGCACUCGCCGCGUCCGCGCGCCGCUUCGCCAUCCCCGCCCGCGAUGCCGGAGUCCGGCCCCGGCUCCGUCCGGCUUGCCGCCUCCGGCCUGCCCGCGUCGACCAGCCUCCCGCGCUUGGUCGGCUCCGCGCUCGGCCGCGCCGGCUCCCGUGCUCCGGCCUGCUCUACGGCCGCGCCCGCCUGCCGACUCGCUGCUCAGGCCGGCUGCCGCCUCGCCUCCGUCCCUUCCCGUGCGGCACUCUCCUCCCCGGCCUCCCGCAUCGCCGCGUUCUGCGCCUCCAGCUCGGCCCCGGGCCGCCUUCGCCGCCUUCGACUUGCUCCGCCCCUGCGAGCCGGGUUCCGCAUCGCGGCCGGGUGCUCCGCCCCGCCGGCCCGGUCUGGCCGCCUCACCUCCGAGCUGCGUUCGCACUGUCCGGCUCGCCUCCAAGCCGCCCCAGCGCUUGGCCCGCUCCGGUCGAGCAUCCCGCGAGCGUCGCCUGCAGCGCCUCCGCUCGCCUGGUCGGCUGCCGCCCUACCUUCCGGCAGACUCCGCGCUGCCUACCACCCGCCACGCCUGCCUGCGCCGACUGCCUGGUCGCGUCGCUUCGCGCCCCCGCCUUCGCGCGACCGGCCCCAGGUCGGCUUCCCGCCGCCAGCACCGGCUCCGGCUCCUGCCCGCUGCAGCCGGCUGGCCGGCUCCUGCCCGCUGCCUAGGCCGGCUACUGCGCCCGCGCAUUCUGCUGCCUGCAGAGAGAAAGAAGAUAGAGGGGCCGGCUGCCCCAGUGGCCGACGGGAAAAAGGGUGA